AUGCUGACUGUGUUUAGGACCUCUAAGCCCGGGGGCGAGACCAGCUUGGCAGCAGAGAAGAACAGUCCUGGUUUUCACAGCCUGGCUGGUCUCAGCCUCUCCAACUCCACACAAAAACACACGCUACCAUAAUGAUGAGAUUGUAUAUGAGUUUGUGGUGGGGUCAGUAGCAGGGUUUGGAGUGUCGCUAGGCUACAUCGGCCUACUGGCGAUCCUCAGCUUCCUCUUGGUCUUCCUGGCCAGGAAACUCCCUGACACCUUCAACAAGGCCAAGCUCAUAACCUUCAGCAUGCUGAUCUUAGGUGGAAGUACUAUUGCCUGCUAGGGAUUUGCUUGUCACUCUUUCAACACAAAUUUACAUUUGAGUUAUUUAGCAGACGCUCUUAUCCAGAGCAACUUACAGUUAGUGAGUGCGUACAUUUUUCAUACUGGCCCCCCCGUGGGAAUCGAACACACAACCCUGGCGUUGCAAGCGCCACGCUCUACCAACUGAGCUACAGGAGGCCAUAAAGGAAAGUAGGCUGUUAGGUAUUGUAACAGAGUAUGAUGGUCUCAAAUAGUUUUAAGUAGCUCCUUUUCCAACAUUCUAUUUCUUUCACCCCAAGAUAGUUUCCACUUCUGUCGGAAAGGAAAGAAGAACCUUUUAUGUUUUUUAUUUAUAUUGUAUGUUGUGAUAUCCAAUUUGUAGUUACAGUCUUGUCCCAUCGCUGCAACUCCUGUACGGACUCGGGAGAGGUGAAGGUCAAGAGCCGUGCGUCCUCCAAAACACAACCCCGCCAAGCCGCACUGCUUGCUGAACCCGCACCAAUGUGUCGGAUGAACCACCGAACAACUGGCGACCGAAGUCAGCGCGCAUGCGCCCAGCCCACCACAAGGAGUCGCUAGAGCACGAUUGGACAAGGACAUCCUGGCCAGGCAAACCCUCCCCUAACCCGGACGACGCUGGGCCGCCUCAUGGGUCUCCCAGUUGCGGCCGGCUGCAACACAGCCUGGGAUCAAACCCAGGUCUGUAGUGACACCUCUAGCACUGUGAUGCAGUGCCUUAGACCGCUGCGCCACUCAGGAGGCGAACCUUUUAUGUUUUGAGUUUGAUGGCUACAAAAAUAUUUUUUCAUUUUGUUAUUACCCUAGUGAUGUGCAGUGAUCUACUAUUGAUUAUAAUUAUGAUGUUCUGUGAUUAAAUAUCAAUCAGAUAAUACAUUAUUUAGUUAUUUGGGCUGUUAAGUAGGCUUUUGGUUUCAUCUGCAUAUGUGUGUGGCUUUAAUCUCCCAGGGGGUAGGUUAUCCCUAAUGAGUGGUUUUCUGCAUAAAAAGGCUUUUGAUUGAAUCAUCACAUCAUGUGGAAUAAAACAGCAUAACAUCCCUGUUCCUUCUAAAGGAUUCUGCUCCUACACUCAUUCACCCAUGAAUUAAUUAUGAUUAAUUAUUAUUAAAUAUUCAUCAAAGCAAUUUUUAAUUUAAUAAAACAUUCUGACUUCAAAGGAGCUGCUUGAAUUUGUUUUUAUUUAACCCUAGCAUAUGACGAAGAUAUGUAAUUAAAAUAUCCAGAAACAGCCUCAUAUGGGAAGAGAAUUACACACCUCAUAAAUUGUGAAAGGAUUUAACAACACUUUUCAUUAACGUAUGUAAUUUAAAUUACUUGGUGUGUGUGUUUUCAGAGCUGGCUUUCAGGUGA